CCGAGGCCCCGCCAUCACUUGCCGGCCCGGCCGGAAGCCGGCCUCGGUGCUGCUGCUAUGACAACGAGGGGAGUCAGGGGAGGGAGACGGAGCAGCGGCCUUGGCCCCACCACCCCCGGCCGGGCCCAGCUUGGGGUGGGGCCAGCGGCUCUUCCUUGUGACGGAUAUCCACAACUGCAGCGGCUGCCCUCUCUACCCACUCCUCACCCCACAACUGUCUGACUCCGAGAGUUGAAUCAAGCAUCACUGAUUGAGGCUCAGGCCCCGGACACAACAGUGAAUGAGUCCCAGUGCUCUGUUGGCAGCAACCGAGUGCCCCUCCGGGCCCCUGACCCCUGGCACCAUGUCUGGCUCCUACGAGGAGGCCACCCCAGGGCUGGAGGAGACCACCGAUAGCUUCUGGGAGGUGGGGAACUACAAGCGGACAGUGAAGAGGAUUGACGACGGGCACCGGCUCUGCAACGACCUCAUGAGCUGCCUGCAGGAGCGCGCCAAGAUCGAGAAGGGCUAUGCACAGCAACUCACCGACUGGGCCCGGCGCUGGCGCCAGAUCAUCGAGAAAGGCCCUCAAUAUGGCAGCCUGGAGCGGGCGUGGGGCGCGAUGAUGACGGAGGCAGACAAGGUGAGUGAGCUGCACCAGGAGGUGAAGAACAGCCUGCUGAGCGAUGCCCUGGAGAAGGUCCGCGCCUGGCAGAAGGAGGCUUAUCACAAGCAGAUCAUGGGCGGCUUCAAGGAGACCAAGGAGGCCGAAGACGGCUUCCGGCGGGCACAGAAGCCCUGGGCCAAGAAGAUGAAGGAGCUGGAGGCGGCGAAGAAGGCGUACCACCUGGCCUGCAAGGAGGAGAAGCUGGCCGUGACCCGUGAGGCCAGCAGCCGGGCGGAGGCGUCGGUGGCCGGGGACCAGCAGAGGAAACUGCAGGACAAGGUGGACAAGUGCAAGCAGGACGUGCAGAAGACCCAGGAGCGGUACGAGAAGGUCCUGGACGAGGUGAGCAAGGUGACCCCGGCGUAUACGGAGGGCAUGGAGCAGGUGUUCGAGCAGUGCCAGCAGUUCGAGGAGAAGCGGCUGAUGUUCCUGAAGGACGUCCUGCUGGACAUCAAGCGCCAUCUCAACCUGGCCGAAAACAGCAGCUAUAUCCUCGUGUACCGAGAGCUGGAGCAGACCAUCCGGGCAGCGGAUGCUCAAGAGGACCUCAGGUGGUUCCGCAGCACCAGUGGCCCCGGCAUGGCCAUGAACUGGCCCCAGUUUGAGGACUGGAACCCAGAACUGACCCACACCGUCCCCAAGAAGGAGAAAGUGGCCAAGAAGAAUGAGGGGGUGUCGCUGACCAACGCCACGGCGGGAGUAGAGUCUGCGGCCCAGGCUGGAGAUCGGGGCAGCGUCAGCAGCUACGAACGGGGCCAGCCCUAUGCUGCCGAGUGGUCCGACGAUGAGGGCGCCAACCCCUUCGGGGCAGGGGAGGCCAACGGGGGUGCCAACCCGUUUGAGGAUGACGUCAAGGGGGUCCGGGUGCGGGCCUUGUACGACUAUGACGGGCAGGAGCAGGAUGAACUCAGCUUCAAAGCGGGAGACGAGCUGACCAAGCUGGGUGAGGAGGAUGAACAGGGCUGGUGCCGAGGCCGCCUGGACAGCGGUCAGCUGGGCCUCUACCCCGCCAACUACGUGGAGUCCAUCUAGCUGGGGGGCCUCCCCUGCCCCCGACCUCCAUCCCCCGCCAGGCUCCCACUCCCCAACAUCCCGACUCCACCUUCCCCAUCGCCCUCCCACCCCGCUCCAUAGAGUCCAGACAUAUUUUCCAAUCAAGCUUUUAUUUUUUUAAAAGUCGUCUUGGGAAGAAAAAAACAAAAAACAAAAAAACAAAACCAAGGAUUGGCAGGGGAGCAGUGUAGAGGCCGAGGUGGGGUGAGGGGUGAAGGGGCUCUCGGGGUGCCACCCUGGUUUCCUGGAGCGCGGAGAGCCGGAAGGACUCCAGCUCUGCCCAUCCCACCAACGAGGACCUCCCUGGACCCCCAACCUCUCCGUCCCGGGGCCCCUCUCCUGUCCCCAGGUCCCCUGCCCCACUGUCUCCUCCCAGAACUCUUAGCACUAGGACAUCCCUCUUCCGGGCCCCGUGGUUUGCCUGCCCAAUCUCCUCACUCCCUGUCAGCUCCAGCCAACUUUCCCCUUCCAGGCUCCACACAGCAAAGGCCCUUCCUCAGAAUCUGUUUCCCUCCCACUGACGCUCUCCCAGAUCCCACAGCUUCCCGUCUCCAAAGCCGGUGGGCUGGGGCGGCCAGGGAGUGCUGGGACAAGCCAGACUUUUAGAAACAGUCUGGGGGCCAACGAUCCCUUGAGUCCAGCCAUUCUGACCCCAGAAGGGUAAAGGCGAGAGCCGGUGCCCAGAGAGGGGCUACUGGGGUCAGGAAAGGUAGCUGAAUCUUUGAGCCAGAAGUGGACCUCAGCCCCCUACCUUUUCUUUCCUCAGUUGCUGCAGUGUUCAGUCCUGCCUAGGGGCCAGAGGGAACCCCCGCCACUUAGACCCCGGUCCCCUAGUCUGUCCCUAGAGAAACAUCCAGUCGCGAUGACCAGCAGCUGGGAUGACUGGCAGCUGGGGAGAUCUGAAGCAGGUGAGGGGGCCUAGUUCUCAGUUUCCAUCCGGACCCCUCCCAGGAGGCAGGAAGAGUCAUUUCCUGCACCAUUUUCAUACCUCCAGGAGUCACUGGUCCAUCCCCUGUCCCUUUGCUCCCCAAGGUGUUCAUGGCCCAACCCCUGCCCUUCUGCUCCCCCAUAUGACUGCGGCCCACCCCUUGCCCUUCUGCUCCUCCAGGUGUCCCUGGCCCACCUCCUGCCCUUCUUUUCCCUAAGGUGUUUGCGGCCCAUCCCCUGCCCCUCUGCUCUUCCAGGUUUUCGGGACCUAUCCCUUGCCCCUCUACUCCCUAGGUGUCUGCAGCCCAUCCCCUGGCCCUCUGCUCCCCUAGGUGCCUGAGGUCCAACCCCUGGCUCUCUGCUUCCCCCUCCCCGCCCCCGCAGUGUCCCCGGCCUAUCCCCUUCCCGCUGCUCCCCUGCCGGUGUCCCUGGCCCUGCUCCUCUGCUUCUGACUCUGAGGAGGCAUUGGUGGCAGGUUGCCCCAUCCUGUAGGAGCAGUGAGCUAGCAGUUGGCUUGCCUGUGGCUGGUCCCGCAGGGCAGCGAUUGGCAUCCUGUCAUUAAGGUAGUGGCUGCUGCUUUUCCCAUGGGCAAAUUUGGCUGUCACUCCUCCCUCCUUCCCUCCCUUGCCCUUCAGCCCUUGCCCUCUCCCAGUUGCAGGCUGGGCACAAAAACUGGGAUUUGAUCACACGCAGAAGGGUGUGGUUCUUGGCACUGAGGGGCUGUAACCAGAUCAAAGGGUGUGAGGAUUUGGGGAGCUCCCACUAUCCCCGUCCUCCCUCAACCCCACCCCAGCUUAGGAUGCCAAGGGCACCCUUAAAUGGGAGCAAAAUAUCUAGUUCCACCCCUGCCUGUGGGGGUGGGGAAGUGGGUGGGAGAGGCAGAUGGAUGGACUCCGAAGCCUUCAAUCUCCAUGAAGGACAAGGCCCUAGGGCAGAGGCACAGGGAGGGAGGAGGGCAGGAGAGGGUGGUGGAUCCCAGAAGAUCCGUCUGUAGCGUCUUCUCUUCCUUUCCCUUCUCCCUGUGCCUCCUUUCCCUUCUCCUGCCUUCCUCCCCUCUUCCCCCCACCAUCUUCUCCUCCUUCCUCCAGUCCCUCUGGUCCCUCUGUCCCCCUCAACCAGGGCUUUGGGGGCAUAGAUGAGACCUCAAGACUAGAAGAGGGGAAGGUGGAUGUGACCCUCGGGGGCACCGUCUCACUGGACUCCUCUGACCCCCCGGGGGCUGGUCCCCAGGCCCAGCUGGAAGUGGAGCCCUGGGGCGCUAGGGUGGGGGUGAGGGUCCCGGGGCUUCCUGCAGAUAGCCUGACUCUACCAAAGGCUGACGUCCCUAAUCCUCCCCCCACCAUCUCUGCCAUCUGGUGCUGCGCCAUUUCCCCUGCAGAACUCCCAGGGAUUUCAUCAACAGUCCCAUAGACCCAGAGGCCCUCUCCCAGGGGACACCUCCCCUCAGCUACCACCGUCCCUCCCUGGCACCUUCUUUUGUUCCCUGAGCAGACUAGAGAUGGAAGGACUAAAGCCAAGGCCUCACCCUCCAGGAGCAGGCAAGUCACCUCAGCUGACCAGGCAGGGCAGGAAUAUCGUCUGCUGCAUAAAGGCAGACUCAGAGGUUCUAUAGACUUCCUGGGGCCACUUCCUGCCUGCCUCCCUCCUCCUGGGCCUCGCUGGUGGUCUCAGAAAUGCGACAGCGAGAGCUGCUGAGGGGAUCCCAGGCCUGGGCCUGCUCCCUCGGGGGCGGGAAGAGAAAGCCUCAACUGUGUCCCCUGAAAUCUCUCGGACCCCACCCCCUCCCCACGCAGGGUCCACCCCAGCCAGAGGAGCCCCGGAGGAGUCCGGGAUGCGACGGCCAAUUCCAGGAAACCACCGGGCAGCGCCACUCGGAUCCCCUGGCUGCUGGGGUAGAGCAUCCUGGAGCUGGGGGCACCGGGCCUGGGAGAAGAGGGAGCCAGUGAGGGGAGCAGGGCAGCUCGAUCUGGCCGAUUGCGAUUUGACGGCAGUCUCUGCCAUCUUUCCGGCCUCUCCCUCCCUCUUUGCCCCUCCUAGCCUCACCUCAUCCAACACGGUCCUGGGCCCCUCUCCCGAUUCCCCCACCUGACUGUGCCAGGCACCCCUACCGGCCCCCUACCCUGGACCUGGUGACCAGGGGCACUGAGCCUCCAGCCCACUAGCCCUCGGGCUGGUUUGGUUUCCAAUGGAGAAAGCACCGGCCCCUGUUUCGGGCUCCCUGACACCUCCUGCCAGGCGGGGCCCCCAUGGCCGGAUCCGGGAGCAAAGCUAAGCGUCAUCUCGGCUCUCCCUCCGCCUGCCCGUCUCCCCGAGCCCCUCGGCUUCCGGCCUUCCAUUCAUUCUGGCGCGUGUGAGUCUCCCCUCCAGAAAUGCCGUGGUCUCAGCAACGCACCUGUUUUGUACCCGACUGUGUAAUUUACAGGUCAAUAUUGUGAUUGUAUUUAUGUGGAUAAAACCAGAACCGUGUCCCUGUGA